AUGGAAUGGGCUUCUCUUGCUAGUAGAAUUGUUGGUGCUAAGGCUAACCCCAAAUGGGCUGACAUUGCUAACAAUAUUCACAUCCCUCAAAAUGACACUCUCGAUUUGACAUUAGAGUACGAUGGCAUGAAUGGAACUGCUGCAAUUAAACAGGCCGAUGUUGUCUUGCUGACCUAUCCAUUAGGAUACACCAAUCAAUCCACUACAAGAGGAAUUAGAAAUUUACAGUUUUACGCUGAAAAUCAGAGUCCUGAUGGACCCGCAAUGACAUAUGCUAUUUUUGCUAUUGACACUGCUCAAUUGACAACUCAAGGAUGUUCAGCCUAUACUUAUCUUCUGUAUUCGAGUCAGCCUUAUCUACGACGCCCAUUUUAUCAAUUUUCUGAACAACUGAUCGAUAAUCCUAAUCUCAAUGGGGGUACUAACCCAGCCUUCCCCUUCCUCACUGGUCAUGGUGGAUAUCUCCAAGUUUACACUCACGGAUUGACUGGCUAUAGACCAUCGUACGAUGUUUUAUAUCUUGAUCCAUCUUUGCCUCCUCAACUGAGUGAAGGUGUGUUCUUAAAGGGCCUUAAGUUUCAAGGAGGCGUGUUUGACAUCAACAUCACUCUUUCAAAUACCACCAUCACCAGGAAAUCUGACUGGUCAUUUUCUCUCACAGAUGAAAAUAUCAAAGCAGAUGACGAAAUCACGGUUGUAAUAGGGUCCCGUAAUGCUAAGAGUGGAAACUAUACUCUCAAAGUAAAUGGAACCCUGACUGUUCCUACCUAUCGAGCAGAUUUGAAUACAACAGCUUUUGCUGGUAAUCUCGCUCAAUGUAAGCCUGUUGAUUCAGAAGCCCCUUGGGUACCUGGUAGGUUUCCUGUUUCGCUUAAUGAUGGCGACAACUCUACGGUAUGGCAGCCUCUUAGUAACGAAACGACUGUCAUCACUGUUGAUUUGGGUGAAGAACGUAAAUUCUCGUCCGCUUACUUCUUAUGGGGAACUCAGCCCCCCAAAACUGUUUCUCUCGGAGUCGUUGGAGUCAGUGCGAGUAAUGUGACUAUUGUCUCUAAUGCGACUUAUAUCAACUCAACAUUUUCUAACUCGACCAUAUCCAACUCGACUAUAUCCAACUCUACAAGUUUCAAUUCCACAGUGUCUAAUUCGACGUCUUCAAACUCUACUUUGAAUACCUCUUUGACUACUCAAUGGAUCGUGAGCAAUGUCGCCGUCAAUAUCUCUAGUCCGUUCAAUGUCAAGACAUUCAAUGCGUCCAAUAUUGUCUUCCCAUAUGGUAAUGAUUCUCUCAUUGCCCUCGGUCAAUCUUAUACCUCACGUUACGUUCAGAUUGCAAUUGAGGGGUCUUAUGACUCUUCUGGCAAUGGUGGAACAAUUGCUGAAUUUGUACUCUCUUAA